AUGUCAACCUAUAGCCUAUUCAUAAUCGGUGUGAUUUUGAUGACCGUAAUCAUCUAUUUACUUAUUCAACAUGUUCUCAAUGAACGACAAUUAUUUCAACUUAAGUACGCCUUUUAUUCUAGCACAGUCAUGCUAUUUGCUAUUAUACUACCGCCAUUGUUUUUAUUUCGGCCACGCAAUGCAUUAAAUAUACGUUUAUCAUCUUUUGUAUUGAACCCAAUAUUUCGUUUAUUAGGUAUAGAAUAUUGUGUUGAAAAUAUUCAAGUAUUAGAUAAAAAUGAAUCAUGUAUUAUUGUUGCUAAUCAUCAAUCGUCGAUAGAUUUUAUUGGCAUGAUGUAUAUUUGGUCGGAACAUGUUCGAUAUUGUACAAUUUUAGCAAAAAAAGAAUUGCUUUUAGCAGGACCAUUUGGUAUAGGAUCAUGGUUAGCUGGUGUUGAAUUUAUCGAUCGAAAUAAUCGCCAACGAGCAAGUGAAACAAUGUCUCAAAUAAUGAAAAAAAUUCAAAGUAAAUCACUUCGGCUAUGGGUCUUUCCCGAAGGGACAAGAAAUACGAGCGAAAAAUUUCUUCCAUUUAAACUUGGUGCUUUUCGGUUGGCUAUUGAAGCACAAGUGCCUAUUGUGCCGAUUGUUUUUUCAUCCUAUAAGCCAAUAUACAAUGCAGACAAAUCAAAUAAUAGUUAUUAUUGGCGACCUGGUUGCGUAACUAUUCAUUGUCUCGAGCCGAUCAAUACAGCUGGUAUGACGCUUGACAAUGAUCUUCAACGAUUAACUGAAAUGACUCAAAAACGUAUGUUCAAUGCAUAUCUAACAAUCCAAACGACUGUGAACGACGAGAAAAAGGGCAAAUGA